UGUAUCUGGCACUUGUCCGUUUUGACAGCCCGCUUGCUGAUUCCUACUGAAUCCUGCGCAGAUUGUACGCGCACUGGCACUUGUUUAACGUUUUUAUGUUUUUCUCUGCACCAACUUUAUAAAUUCAGCACACAGAAAAUAGAAAAACGCACUUUUAUUUUCCAACCGUAUGCAGUGCAUCGUAGUAGCCACAGAAAGGGACGCCUGCAUAGAGGAGCACUUAACAGCCAAAAUAGCACCGCAAUAGGAUUCCUGUUUGUUGUCUUAUUGAUUUGCCGUCACCUUUGGAGUUUCUUUGGUUUUCCUUUUGGAUUCAGUUUCCCUGUAUCUGUAUCCGCAUCCGCCAACAGAGCGGCACCUUUAAAGGAGACACAGCAUCAUCGACCAAUGACUUGUCGCUGAAAAAAUAAUACUUAGGCCCAGGAUAGAAUUCGAAAACGACCAAGAUGCAGUCCAUGAAAGCCGAUGAGCUGCCGGAGAAUCCGCGCGAGACAUCGAAUAUCUUUUCGUCCUUAAUGUUUUGCUUUGCCAUGCCCACAUUCUUCAAGGGGCGCAAAAAGACUUUGGAUGAAAAUGACUUGUACCGGGCCCUGAAAGAGCACAAAUCAGAUACCCUCGGCGCCCAGCUCAGUGCUGCGUGGGACAAGGAGGUGGAGAAGAAGAGCAAGAAAAAGAAGACCCCCAGCCUGCUGAAGGCCUCGAUGAGCGUCUUUGGAUGGCGCUUGGCCGGCUUGGGUCUGGUGCUCUUCAUCUUGGAGAUCGGUUUCCGAGUCACCCAGCCACUGUGCCUGGGCGGUCUUGUACGAUUCUAUGCGAAGAAUGAUAAUUCGGAAGACAACCAGAUGGAGGCCUAUCUGUACGCCCUGGGCGUGAUCUUGUGCAGCGCCUUCAACGUGCUCCUCAUGCAUCCCUACAUGCUGGGCAUGUUCCACCUUGGCAUGAAGGCCAGAAUAGCCAUGACAAGUAUGAUAUAUCGAAAGGCCCUGCGUCUGAGUCGAACGGCACUGGGCGACACCACCAUCGGUCAGGUGGUCAAUCUCAUCUCGAACGAUGUGGGCAGGCUGGACGUCUCCGUCAUCCACAUGAAUUAUUUAUGGCUGGGCCCCGUGGAGAUUGCUAUUAUUACAUAUCUCAUGUACCGAGAGAUUGGAAUAUCCGCCUUCUUUGGAGUGGCCGUCAUGUUGCUGUUUAUUCCCCUGCAAGCGUAUCUGGGCAAGAAGACCUCGGUUCUCAGGCUGAAGACCGCUCUUCGAACGGAUGAGCGUGUCCGCAUGAUGAACGAAAUCAUUUCUGGAAUUCAGGUGAUCAAGAUGUACGCCUGGGAGAUCCCAUUCAGCAAGAUGAUCAACUACGUACGCACCAAGGAGAUGAACGCCAUCCGGAAUGUGAACUACAUUCGUGGUACGCUGCAGAGUUUCAUCAUGUUUGUGACGAGGAUAUCCGUGUUUGUGAGUCUGGUGGGAUUUGUGCUCCUCGGACAGCUCCUGACGGCAGAGAAGGCGUUCGUGAUCACCGCCUACUACAAUAUUUUGCGAAACACCAUGACCGUCUACUUCCCCAUGGGAAUCUCACAGUUCGCCGAGCUCCUGGUCUCCAUCCGCCGUAUCCAGACCUUCAUGCUGCACGAGGAGACAAAGGUCCGGGACAAGUCGGAUGAUCAGGACGAGCAAAAGCUGGGAAAAUCGGGUCUGAUUGCCGAUCCUGUAGCAGCCCAAUCCACUGGAGUCCUGAAGCCCAACAGUCGUCGUAGCAGUGAGGCAGAGCAUGGCAUCGUGAUAAACAAACUGAAGUCAAGGUGGAAUUCCAAGAGCACGGACUACACGCUGGACAAUGUGAGCCUUAAGUUCAAGCCACGCCAGUUGGUGGCGGUCAUUGGCCCAGUUGGAUCCGGAAAGUCUAGUUUGAUUCAGGCCGUGUUGGGAGAACUGCCCCCUGAAUCAGGAUCUGUAAAGGUCAAUGGCAGCGUGUCCUACGCUUCUCAGGAACCUUGGCUCUUCACCGGCACCGUGCGUCAGAAUAUUCUCUUUGGACUGCCCAUGGACAAGCAUCGUUACCGCACGGUGGUGAAGAAGUGUGCUCUGGAGCGGGACUUCGAGCUGCUUCCCUAUGCCGAUAAGACGAUUGUGGGCGAAAGGGGAGCCUCCCUGUCUGGUGGACAGAAAGCGCGUAUUAGUUUGGCCAGGGCUGUCUACAGGAAGGCAGACAUUUACCUUUUGGAUGAUCCCCUCAGCGCCGUGGACACUCAUGUGGGUCGCCAUCUAUUCGAUCAGUGUAUGCGUGGUUUCCUGCGGGAGGAAAUAGUUCUACUGGUCACCCAUCAACUGCAAUUCCUGGAGCAGGCCGACGUCAUUGUGAUCAUGGACAAGGGCAAGAUUAGCGCCAUGGGCACCUACGAAUCCAUGAGCAAGACUGGACUGGACUUUGCCAAGAUGCUUACGGAUCCCAGCAAGAAGGACGAAGGCGCCGGUGAUGCAGCCGAGAAGAAGGCUCUCUCUCGACAGAACAGCAAGCUGCGAGACAGACAUGGCAGUAUCUCCUCUAUGGAAUCCGCAGCGGAGUCGUUGGCAGCGGAGUCGCCCAUGCAGACGCAGGAGGGUCGCGUGGAAGGACGCAUCGGCAUGAAACUGUACAAGAAGUACUUUGGAGCCAAUGGCUAUGGACUGUUUAUUGUUUUCGCCUUCUUCUGCAUCGGCGCCCAGGUGCUUGGUUCUGGCGGAGAUAUCUUCCUCUCAUACUGGUGAGUUAUUGAUACUUUCAUUUGAGGUUCGAGGUCUUCUAAAGUCUUCCUUUACAGGGUAAACAAAAAUGGCGAAGCUGAGCAAGAAAACAUCAUGGCCCGAUUGCGACGAGCCUUCCCAGAGACCAGACUUAACGCAGACACCGAUCCGAUAGAUAUAUACUACUUUACUGGCAUCAACGUGUCCGUCAUCAUCUUCUCCCUCGUGCGAAGCAUGCUUUUCUUCUACCUAGCCAUGCGCAGCUCCACGACCUUGCACAACACCAUGUUCCAGGGCGUGACCCGGGCGGCGAUGCAUUUCUUCAACACUAAUCCCUCCGGUCGUAUUCUUAACCGUUUCUCCAAGGAUUUGGGUCAGGUGGACGAGAUCCUGCCCUCGGUUAUGAUGGACGUAAUGCAGAUUUUCCUUGCCAUCGUCGGUAUUGUCGUAGUCUUGUGCAUCGUCAAUGUGUGGUAUAUUCUGGCCACCCUCUUCCUGGUCAUCAUAUUCUAUGGCUUAAGAGUCUUCUACCUUAAUACCUCCAGAGAUGUUAAGCGCCUGGAAGCUGUCACUCGAUCCCCUAUCUACUCCCACUUGAGUGCAUCUCUUAAUGGCUUGGCCACGAUCCGAGCUUUUGGAGCUCAAAAGGAACUUAUCGCCGAAUUCGACAACUACCAGGAUAUGCACAGCUCCGGCUACUACAUGUUCUUGGCCACAAGCCGAGCCUUUGGAUAUUGGUUGGAUUGUGUUUGUGUGCUCUACAUUGCAGUGAUCACGCUGAGCUUCUUCCUCUUCACCCCGGAGAACGGUGGUGAUGUGGGUCUGGCCAUCACCCAAGCUAUGGGCAUGACGGGCAUGGUGCAGUGGGGUAUGCGACAGUCGGCGGAACUGGAGAACACAAUGACGGCAGUGGAACGAGUGGUCGAAUACGAAGAUCUGGAGCCCGAGGGUGACUUUGAGUCCAAGCCGAACAAGAAGCCUCCAAAGGAUUGGCCUGAAGAUGGCAAAAUUGUGUUUGACGACCUCUCGCUGAAAUACUUCCCCGACAAGGCGGCCGAUUAUGUUCUGCGAUCCUUGAACAUUGCCAUCCAGGGAUGCGAGAAGGUGGGCAUCGUGGGACGCACCGGCGCUGGAAAAUCCUCGCUCAUCAACGCUCUUUUCCGCCUUUCCUACAACGAGGGCGCCAUCCUUAUCGACAGGAGGGAUACCAACGAUCUGGGACUACACGAUCUUCGUAGCAAGAUAUCCAUUAUUCCACAGGAACCUGUUCUGUUUUCGGGCACUAUGCGUUAUAACCUGGAUCCCUUCGAUGAAUACAGUGAUGCCAAGCUGUGGGAAUCCCUGGAGGAGGUGAAGCUUAAGCAAGUGGUGGCUGAUUUGCCCAGCGGAUUGCAAAGCAAAAUAUCCGAGGGUGGCACCAACUUCAGCGUGGGUCAACGGCAGCUGGUGUGCCUGGCUAGAGCUAUUCUUCGCGAGAAUCGAAUUCUGGUGAUGGAUGAGGCCACGGCCAACGUAGAUCCUCAAACGGAUGCGCUCAUUCAGACGACGAUUAGGAACAAGUUUAAGGAUUGCACAGUGCUCACAAUUGCCCAUCGGUUGCAUACUGUGAUGGACUCGGACAAGGUGCUGGUCAUGGAUGCAGGCAGAGCGGUGGAGUUUGCUUCUCCAUUCGAGCUGCUAACGGUUAGCGAGAAGAAGGUGUUCCACGGUAUGGUGAAGCAGACAGGAGAUGCCACGUUCGAUGCCCUCCUGAAGGUCGCACAAAAGGUAAGAAAAGUAUUCAAAUAAUACAUAUAUAUAUUUUUAUACAAAAAUAUUCUUUUAUAGGCCCAUGAGGAAAACCUGCGGCUGAAGAAGGAUUCUUGACAUUUCGCCGUUCCGAAGGCUUUCAAAGACUACAUACUUAAGAUACUGGAACCAAUUACGAAUCAUCCGGCGGCCAAUGCGGGCAUACAGAAGACCUUCCUCUUUGCGGAGGCCUCCAAGCAAAAGUUACUAGGAUAGCAGAACAGCUGCGGCUAAAGAAUUUUUUACAAAUCGUGUACAAAUCAAAUUAAUUGUUAGUCAGAUGUAUAAAGCUAGAAACUCGAUGAGAAAUCAAAACAGCAAGACAAUAAGAAUUCUACAAGAGUAGAAGAACGUAGGAACUAAAUGUUUUUAUACCAUCAAGAAGAGAAGAAAUCAAUGUGUGCAAUAAUUAAUUUUAGCUGAACUUUAUGCAUUGACCUUUAAAAGGUCGCAUUGCAUUUGUAUUAUGUGUUCCAGUAAUACGACAAUAACAACUUACAAACAAAAAAAAGAAAAACUAAACAAAAAACAAGAAAAAAAAAAAUUAAAACAAAAAAAGAAUUCUAUGAAAUGUUACACCUAGUAUUAAUAUAAAUGUGUGUUUUUUAUAGUAAUUUAUUAAUGUACAGGUUUACAAUAAAUGUAACAGUUCGGUUGGAUCUUUUGUUAA